AUUUGCUAUUAUUUACGUUUUUGAGGAGUCGAGGAAAGAAACGGCGAAGUUGUUGCAAAUAAUUUCAUCAGAAUUAGCAAGGUUCUCACCCCUUGUUUGAAAUGGAAGAAAUAUUAGACGACGUUGUGUCCUCCGCAGACUUAAAGCACAAAUAUUUUAAAAAUUUGCAGAAAUUUGAAGAAGAAUAUCACCGCCAACUUGGUUGCUCAGCGGUUAUCCCACAGACACAAUUUGAAUAUGCCUGGUGCCUGGUCAGGAGUAGCUACCAUGGAGACAUUAGGAAAGGAAUUCUUCUCCUCGAGGAUCUCUUUAAAAAUCCGCAAGCGCUGGACAAAAGAGAUUACCUUUACUACUUAGCAACUGGAUAUGCCAGAAUAAAAGAGUACAGCAAGUCUCUCCAAUUCAUCAAAGCAUUUCUUCAGAUCGAACCAGGAAACAAGCAAGUUCAGGAGUUGGAAAAAGUUGUGAAAAAUAGAAUGACCAAGGAGGGACUGACUGGAAUGGCUGUAGCGGGUGGAGCUGUCUUGGCAGCCGCUGGAAUAAUUGGAUUGGUCGGAAUGGCUCUGUCGAAGAAGUAAAAUUUGAUGUUAUCUGAAUUUUGUUAAGUUGGAUACUUCUUGUUUGUCAAGAUAUUCUCUAAAAGGUGUUUCCCUGAAUUAAAUACUGGAGCUUGAACUUUAAUGGAUCAUCAUUCCAUUCAAUUAAACAUGUAUUUGCAAUGCUUUGAUGUUAGCAAGUUAAAAUGUGAUUUGUUCCUAUUCUCUCCCUUUCAAGAAUUCACACUUUUAGUAAAUUCUGUGCAACCAUAUAAAACUAGCUUUUUUCUGCCGCUUUUAAUGGCUGAUGUAAUUUUAUUGUUGUAGACCGUAUAUUAAAUAAUAAUGCACUCCUAUUGUCUAUUAUAUUA